AUGGAUGAAGAUGAAAUUGAAUUGCUGCCAGAACUAAAUUCACUUUUUGAUGAAAUAGGAAUUGAUGCUACAGACAUGGAUGAUGAUCAAAUUGUUUUGGAAGUUCAAGAAACUCCUUUUGCUUCAGAUGUUGUGGAUUCAGAUUUAGCUGUACAUAACUUCGUUCCUGAUGACCCAGACCCAAUUGUAAUUCAAGAUGUUAUUGAGGAUGUUGAUAUUGAGGAUGUUCCAUGCUCAGAUAUCUUAGAAGAAGCAGAUAUAUCUGAAAAUAUCAUCAUUCCUGAGGAAGUGCUUUAUUCAGAUGUAACCGAAGAAAUUUCUUUAGCACAUUACACAGUCCCAGACGAUGUUUUAGCUUUCGACAUUACUUCAGCCCCAAUGUCUAUGCCAGAACACUUUUUGGCAAGUGAAUCUAUACAGAUGUCUGACUUUGGAUAUAUUGAACACGUUGUUCAUGAUAGUGUAGUAGAAACAGAAAUCGCGACUGAUUUUCUGACAACUGAUGUAGUUUCAGAAGAAGUAUUGGUAGCAGAUUGUGCUUCUGAAGCAGUCAUAGAUGCCAACGAGAUCCCUGUGGACCAGCACCAUGGUGAUAAAAGCAACCAUGAGGACUUCCUUAUGAUUUCCUUAGAUGAUACUGGCAAAAUAGAACAGAAUGUUUCCUCUGGAAUGGCCAUGGACACAGAGUCAGAAAUCAGUUCUUUGCAAGUGGAUGGCACGAGUCCUGAAGUCAUCCAAGUGUACAUUUUAAAAACUGACCUGGGAGAGGAUGACUUAGGUGGCACCGUGGACAUCGUGGAAAGUGAACCGGAGAAUGAUCCUGGGGAACUACUUGACCACAAUAGCAGUAUUAGUGUGCCAAGGGAAAAUAUGGUUUAUAUGCCUGUCAGUGACUCUAAGCAAGAAGAUGAAGAUUUAAAUGUUGCAGAAAUUACUGAUGAAGUUUGUAUGGAAGUGAUUGUAGGAGAGGAUGCUGCUGUUGCUGGUGCUUCUGUUCAUGAACAGCAAAUUGAUGACAAUGAAAUAAAAACUUCCAUGCCUGUAGCAUGGCCAGCAGCUUAUGAUGGUAAUUCUGACGGAAUUGAAAAUCAGAAUGUCACUGCAAGUGCCCAACUGCAAAUAGAUGAGUCUGCUGGACUCGGCAGACUGGCUAAACAAAAAUCAAAGAAAAAGAGAAGACCUGGUUCCAAGCGGUACCAAACAGCAAUUAUAAGUGGCCCUGAUGGACAUCCCAUAACUGUCUAUCCUUGCAUGAUUUGUGAGAAAAAAUAUAAGUCCAAAGGUUUUUUGAAAAGACACCUGAAAACCCAUCCUGAAUACCUUGCCAAAAAGAAGUACCACUGUACUGACUGUGAUUACACUACCAAUAAGAAGGUACAUUUACACAACCACCUGGAAAGCCACAAGCUGACCAAUAAGACAGAGGCCAUUGAAUGCGAUGAAUGUGGGAAGCAUUUCUCUCAUUCUGGGGAUUUGUUUACUCACAAAAUGGUGCAUAAGGAAAAAGGAACCAACAAAGUGUACAAGUGUAAAUUUUGUGAAUAUGAAACCACUGAACAAAGGUUAUUGAACCGCCAUCUUCGGGCAGUUCACAGCAAGAAUUUUCCUUAUAUUUGUGUGGAGUGCUGUAAAGGUUUUCAUCACUCUUCAGAACUCAAAAAGCACAUGCGAAUCCAUACUGGGGAGAAGCCGUAUCAAUGUCAAUACUGUGAAUAUAGGUCUGCAGACUCUUCUAACUUGAAAACGCAUAUAAAAACUAAGCAUGGUAAAGAGACACCAUUCAAGUGUGACAUUUGUCUUCUGAAUUUCUCAGAUAUCAAAGAGGUGCAGCAACAUGCUCUUAUUCAUCAAGAAAAGAAAACACAUCAGUGUUUGUAUUGCGAACACAAGAGUUCGAGCUCAAGUGAUUUGAAACGACAUACAAUUUCAAUUCACACGAAGAACUACCCCCAUAAGUGUGAUAUGUGUGAUAAAGGCUUCCAUAGGCCUUCAGAACUAAAGAAACAUGUGGCUGCUCACAAGGGCGAAAAAAUGCACCAGUGUAGACAUUGUGACUUUAAGAUUGCAGAUACAUUUCUUCUAAGUCGCCAUAUUCUCUCCGUUCAUAUAAAAGAUCUUCCAUUUAGGUGUAAGAGAUGUAGAAAGGGAUUUAGGCAACAGAGUGAGCUUAAAACGCAUAUGGAGACACACAGUAGCAGGAAGGUGUAUCAGUGUGAGCACUGUGAAUAUAACACUACAGAUGCCUCAGGCUUUAAACGACAUGUUAUUUCCAUUCAUACGAAAGACUACCCUCACCGUUGUGAGUACUGCCAGAAAGGGUUCCGGAGACCCUCGGAAAAGAACCAGCACAUAAUGCGGCAUCAUAAAGAACUGGGUCUGCCCUAACAAUACUUGUACAGAUGUUUAUGAAGAUGCUGGCCUUGAAGCAGAAAAUUGAUUUUAAAGCCCAUCAGUGUCAUUCACAUAUAGAACUGUACAAUGGUUUAUGGUAUGUACAAAUAGAAUAUUGCUUCUAAUUGACUUCUUUUUACAUUUAGUACCAUAGGGUGUUCUAUAUCCUAUUUGUUUAAUGAGAGAAAAGUAGCAACAAUCAAGUUGCUUUUAUUUAAAUAAUCCUUGGUUCUAUUUUUAAGUCUUAGAAUUCUUAUUAUUUAUUUAACUAUUUACUUUAUUCACUUUGAUGGUAGUCUCGUAAGACUGCUUAAAUACAAGAAUGCAUAAAAUUGGUAACUCUAAAAAUGGUCAUUUUGACUUAUUUUCCCAUGAGUUUUUUUUUUUUUUUAUAUUACAUAGAAACAUCUGCCAAUAUGAAUGGGAGAUACUACUGUUAGGUCUAAUUGUCAUAUGAAAGUAAUUUCCUUGUCUUAGUAUUUUUCAGACCACAUGGCAAUGAAACUUUUUUAUGAUAACUUUAGUAGGUUUGUACUUAAUUUUCAUUUGGUUGAGAAGACAAAAUA